AUGGAGCCUGCCCCAACCUUUGACAUGUGGAGAGACUACCUGGGACUGGCAGCCCUGGUGGCUGCCCUGCGGCAGGCUGGCGGCAGCGGUGCCACCGGCCCGGAGGUGGCGCUGCCGGCCCCGCCGGCCCCGGCCCCGGCGGCGGUAAAGCCUUGCGCCUUCUGCAGGCACAACGGAGAGUCCCGGGAGGUGUACGGAGGGCACAGCCUGAGGGACGCGGCGGGCAGGGUGCUGUGCCCGGUGCUGCGCAGCUACGUCUGCCCCCAGUGCGGUGCCAGCCGCGACGGUGCCCACACGCGGCGCUUCUGCCCCCUCACCGCCAGCGGCUACACCUCGGUCUACAGCCGCCCCCCGCCCAGGAGGGGCACCAAGGGGGCGGCCGGCGGGCACGACACGGCCAGGAAGUAGCCAGGAGUGGAUGGA